UCAAAAGGUACAUAAAACCAAAUGGUGUAAGAUAACAAAAUGGUGUAAGAUAAUAUUAUCCAUUACAGAAGUUUUAAUCUUAUGGCUGAACGUUAUAAAAAAGAAGUAAGCGUACAGAAAGGUCGAUGGUAAUUCUCUAGGCAUAGUAAGAGAUAUAUUCAUAAGUAAGACGUAUAAAAAAAGAAAGUAGCACAGUUUUGUUGACAAUGAUGGACGAGGACGCACGUACGUUAUAUUGUGGAAAUCUAAGUGACAAAGUGUCCGAGGAUGUUCUUUAUGAGUUGUUUCUACAAGGAGGCCCUGUACAAAAAAUUUCCAUUCCUAAGGAUCGCGACGGCAAGCCAAGAUCAUACGCAUUUAUCACAUACAAACACUUCCAUUCUGUGAAAUAUGCCUUACAACUGUUUGAAGAUACAAUGUUGUAUAAUCGUCCACUUAAUAUGAGAUUAAGGAAUAAUGAGGAGUCACACCAACAAGCAGAACAAUCUCUGAAAUCCAUUCGCAAUAUGAAUCAAGUGUUGGAACUAGGUCAGCAAAUGACCUUAGGAAAUUAUUUGCCACAGAGCAACAAUGACAUAUUGGGUACAAAUGGUUUGCACAAUACCUCAACAUAUCCUAAGCACUUUGACAUGAAUUGUAGCAAUAAUGAUAAAAGUAGGAACUAUCCUUAUCAAAGAACUAAGGAUAAGAAUCAUGAGAGAAACAGAAAUAAAGACAGAAGUAGGAAGCACGAGAACAAAGAUAGAAAUAGGGAUAGGGAUAGAAAUAGAGAACACAAUUUGAAUGAUAGCAGAAAUGACAAGUUGCACUAUAAUCGAGAAAGCAAUUACGCCCGAUACAGAUCCAAUGGUUAUUCCCAUCAUAAUGAGAAUAGAAAAAGAUGGACGUAUCAUUGACACUAAUUAACAAUCAUCUUGUAUUUAUCAGUCAGAUUUUUACUAUAUUUAAUUUUGACUGAUUUUUAAACUUUGUAAUUUUUAUCUAUUUUUUUUUUAUGCUCGCUAUCUAUAACAAAAAUGCAUAUUGGCAAUUACAUUUUGUUAUCACAAUUGUGAUUCUUGAUAUAAAUUGAAUAUUACAUAUUUAUACGUGAGUUAGGUAGUAUUUGAGUUACAACUUCUGCAUCUAGGACACGUCAACGCGCAUGCAGAGGAACGAUGCGAUAUCUAGUUAUUUUUUUGUGCUUCUUCAAAAGGCAAAAAUGUUGAUUGGCUACCGCAUCAUUUCUUGUGACGCGUUGACGCGUUCUGUGUGUGUGAGUCAUUAGAGUUAGCAAACAAAAAAUUAAAUAAGUGGGAGCAUUGUGUGUACAUAUGUAUG